AUGACACGAGUUGUCACAACCACUCGUACCACUUUGCCAGGUAAGGAUUCUCCUGUCGAAUCACUGGGAAGUGUCAAAGACCGAAUCGCCAAGUUCGAGCGGUUCAAGACGCUUCCAAUCGAUCCAUCCGUUGCUGGACCACCUCCAUCGGUACACGCCGUUGCCAGAGAAGACGAUGAAGAACCUGAACAAGAGACUCGUGAGGAAGUUGCUCAAUCUUCAGAAGGCAGAGAUAGUGGACGUUCUGGACAUUCUGAGCAAUCAAUCCCAGAAGUUCAAUUCACGGAAUCAGACACAGAAAUCGAGAAGCGUGACGAUGAACAUCACGAAGAGAGCUAUAUUGAACCAGCCGUCGGAAUCGUCAUCACUCCACACACUCCAGUUCCACCAGAGCAUCCAGAUGACGUUGAAGAAGUCGAAGAUGAGCAACCUCAGGAGCCACUAGAACUCUCGGAACCGGAACAUGUUGCUCACGCCGAGAUCAAGGACACACGUGAAUACAGUGACGAAGAAUUGUCCCACGAGUUGUCGCCAUCUGAGGAACACGUGUCUACAGCUGAAAUCAAAGACAUCAAGUCGUAUUCUCCGACAUCUUCUGAUGACGAAAGAGCAUCCAAAAAGGGAAAAGUGAGUCCACCGAUUCCUCAAGUACGCCACGUUAUCUCGCCAUCUGUUGCGAGUGAAAUGAGUUCCCAUGACGACGAGUUGGCCGCCCAUUUUGUGGCUGAGUCAUUUGAAAAACAAGAUGAGGGACGGGUGGAAACUAUCGAACAGACACCAAUCUAUAGAGGACAUCACUCACCAGGACAGACAUCUCCCAUCGUUUCGGAACAUCCAAUUGCUCAGGAAUAUGCUGAAAGUGUGACAAGUCAUGAUGAAGGAGACAAUCUUAGUUUGAAGAGUGGACACGAACCUGAAAUCGCUAGACACUCCGUUGCCAGUGUUCGGGAAGAAGAGGAAGAAAAGUCUGGAUUGGGAGACUAUGCAAAGAAGGCUGGAAUGAUUGUCGGAGGAGUUAUUGCUGCUCCAGUUGCUCUCGCCGCUGUUGGAGCAAAAGCUGCUUACGAUGCUCUCAAAAAGGAUAGUGAUGAUGAAGGAGAGCAACAAGAAGUUCAUGAAGAACCAGAAGUUCUGACAACUCAAACAACUAUUAUGGAGUCUCCCAUCCAACACGAGGAUAUUCCACCACCACAUUUGGAAGACGUCACUCCAAAGGUUUCACAUCACGAGCAUCCACAUGAAACCGUCACUGAAACUACUACCACUGUGACUCGCGAGUAUUACGAUGAACCAGAAUCGCCAGUCAGAGAAUCUCCAGUUCCAUCAGAGAAGGAGCCAAAACCACAUGUUGUUUCUGAGACGGUGACUACUACAACCGUCACUCGUGAGUAUCAUGAAGAGGAGGUCCCAAGCGAAUCGCACGAACCAGCUCCAUCUUCUCAUGUUGAGUCGGAACAUCGUCUGGCUGAGACACCAGUUAUGUCAGAGAAGGAACACCCUCAGGUUGUCGAGACAACAACUACAACCACCUAUGUGACUCGUAAACAUGACGAAGAAGAUCAGGAAAGUGAAUCUCCAGAAUCUGUCAAAGAAGCUCCUCAUGUCACUGAAACCACUACGACUACAACUGUGACAAGAGAAUAUGAUCAACCAGAAGAAGAAUUCGAUUCUGAAAGACUUUCGGAGCCAGCUCAUUCACCAGAACCAAUCGGAACUCCGGCUGAAAGUGAGAAAUCAAUUCCACAUGUUGUCGAGACAACUACCACGACUACAGUAACCCGCGAGUUCUACGAUGAUCAAGAAGAACCAGAGCACUGUGAUGUUUCUCCAGUCCACGCUGAACAACCGUUUGAGCAGGAUGAAGCCGCAGCUGCUGGAUCACCAAUUCCAUCUGAAAGAUCUAUUCAACAACCGGAGUCUCCAGUCGCUGAGAGGCAUUCAUCAGUACCAUCGGAGCCGAUCUCUGAGAAGGAUGCUCAUCACGUUACUGAAACCACCACAACAACUACAGUAACACGUGAAUAUUAUGAGGAUGAACCAGAAAAUCACUCCCCUGCUCCAUCUUCUCAUAUUGAAUCUGAACAUCAUAUUGCCGAGUCUCCAGCUGUUUCGGAGAAAGAACUUCCACAUGUUGUCGAGACCACCACGACAACUACAGUGACUCGUGAAUACGAAGAGGAUCCAGAAACCGAAACUACUCCAGCAGCUGCAUACGAAUUCGGAGACGAUGAGUAUGAACGACCAGAAUCCCCUGCUGAAGUGUAUCCGAUCCCAUCAGAGAAGGAACAAGAACCACAUCUAGUUUCUGAGACAACGGCGACAACUACUGUUACUCGUGAAUACUACGAUGAGCCGGAACAUGAAGAAAUUCAUGCCGAAUCUCAUUCACCAUCUCCAUCUUCUCAUGUGGAGUCGGAACGUCAGCAAUCUCCAUCCGAGAAAGAACAUGUUGUUGAGACUACUACGACGACUACAGUCACUCGUGAAUUCCAUGACGAUCAAUACGAUAGACCAGAAGCUCCUGAAGCUCACUCUCCGUCUCCAUAUGCCGCUGCUGGAUCACCAAUUCCACCAGAGAAGGAUGCUAAUCACGUUACUGGAACCACCACAACAACUACAGUAACCCGUGAAUAUUACGAGGAUGAACAAGAAAAUCACUCGCCUGCUCCAUCUUCUCAUGUUGAAUCUGAGCAUCAGAUCGCCGAGUCUCCAGCAGUGUCCGAGAAAGAAAUCCCACAUACUCUUGAGACAACAACAACGACGUCUGUGACCCGUGCCGACGACUAUGAGAGACCUGAAUCUCAACCAUCUCAGCCAUCACACAGAGCGCCAGAGUCUCCAGUGGUUUCUGAAAGACGUCAAUUCCAACAAGAAUCUGCUGUCUAUCAUUCCCAGACCGAAACUUCUCAACAACAGUACCAACCAGAAUCUGGAGAUGAAAGUGAUGGAGAAAGAUUCGGAAGCAAGGUUCUUGGAUUCGCAAAGAAGGCUGGAAUGGUUGCCGGAGGAGUUGUUGCUGCUCCAGUUGCUCUUGCUGCUGUUGGAGCCAAGGCUGCCUAUGAUGCACUCAAAAAGGAUAGCGAUGAGGAAGGAGAAAAUGAAGAGAAGAUUCAAGAACGUCACGAAGAAUCAUUCUCUCCAUCGACCCAUGCCGAAUUGGAACAUAAAGCACCAGAAUCACCGUCAGAAUCUGAGAAAGAACGCUCAAAUAUUAUUGAAACGGCGACUCGUGAUUUCGAUUAUGAAGAGGCAUCCGAUCUUGAAAAGGAUUCUCCAGUUCCAUCAGAGAAAGAUCACGAACAUCAUUUGGUUACCGAGACAACAACGACAACUACUGUAACUCGUGAAUACCAUGAUGAACCAGAGCAUGAGGAAGAACACAAAGAAUUCCAGCAGGAACCAUCCUAUUCACCAACUCCGUCUUCUCAUGUCGAGUCGGAACGUCAUCUUGCCGAAUCUCCAGUUCUGUCUAAAAAGGAACAUCCACAUGUUGUUGAAACUACAACGACUACUACCAUCACUCGGGAAAUCCACGAUGAAGACUAUGAAAGACCUGAAUCGCCAUCUUCUCAGCGAGAUCACUCAACUGCAUUAUCAGCCGAAGUUGACACUGAGAAUCGGGAUGUGGAAUCUCCAGCAACAUCUGAAAGAGAUAUCCCACAUGUUGUUGAGACUACAACCACAACAACUGUUACUCGUGAAUUAUAUGACGAGGAAAAACCUGAAGAUGUUGAAUCUUCAAUGGUUCACGAUCAAGAAGACCACCAUCAUUCUGAAUCUCCAGCAAGAUCAGUUGAAAGAUCCGAACCGAACUCCCCACAUGUCACUGAAACCAUUACGACGACAACUGUGAGCAGAGAAUAUGACGAACCAGAAGAAGGAUUCGAUUCUGAAAGACUCUCGGAGCCAGCUCAUUCACCAGAACUAGUCGAAACUGCAGCUGAAAGUGAGAAAUCUAUUCCACAUGAUCAAGAAGAACCAGAGCACCGUGGUGUUUCUCCAGUCCAUUCUGAACAACCGUUUGAGCAGGAUGAAGCCUCAGCUGCUGGAUCACCAAUUCCAUCUGAAAGAUCUAUUAAACAACCGGAGUCUCCAGUCGCUGAGAGGCAUUCAUCAGUACCAUCGGAGCCGAUCUCUGAGAAGGAUGCUCAUCACGUUACUGAAACCACCACAACAACUACAGUAACACGUGAAUAUUAUGAGGAUGAACCAGAAAAUCACUCGCCUGCUCCAUCUUCUCAUGUUGAAUCAGAACAUCAAAUCGCCGAGUCUCCAGCUGUUUCGGAGAAAGAACUUCCACAUGUUGUCGAAACUACCACAACGACUGCAGUGACUCAUGAAUACGAAGAGGAGCCAGAAACCGAAACUACUCCAGCAACAGCAUACGAAUUCCGAGACGAUGAGUAUGCGCGACCAGAAUCCCCCGCUGAAGUAUAUCCGAUCCCAUCAGAAAAGGGACAAGAACCACAUCUAGUUUCUGAGACAACGACGACAACUACUGUUACUCGUGAAUACUACGAUGAGCCGGAACAUGAGGAAAUCCACCGUCCAGUUCCAGAAUCUCCUGUUGCUUCUGAGAAGGAAUUCCCUUCCGAAACCAAGUUGACGCAGGAUUCUCCAGCUGCCCAAUACUUCCAUGAACAACCAGAACAUCAAACAGAAUCUCCAAUUCCAACUGAAAAAGCUCCACUUUUCUCCGAACAACAACAACAGCCAGAAUCUGGAGAUGAAAGUGAUGGAGAAGGAUUCGGAAGCAAGGUUCUUGGAUUCGCAAAGAAAGCUGGAAUGGUUGCCGGAGGAGUUGUUGCUGCUCCAGUUGCUCUUGCUGCUGUUGGAGCCAAGGCUGCUUAUGAUGCGCUCAAGAAGGAUAGUGAUGAUGAAGGAGAAAUAGAGGAGCCAAAGCAUAUCCAAGUGUCUUCCGUUGAAACUACCACCACCGCUGAACAUGAUGCCGAGACCAUCCCAACCUCCGUUGUUCGUGAACACUUUGGAGACCUUCCGAAGGAGACCGAAGAGACAAUGGAGGAAAAACACCCUGAACAAGCAGAGGAUCAAAGCGACGCUUCUGAUGACAGUGAAACCACAACUUCCGUGAGCCGUGAAAUCCAUGAGGACGAACCACAUCUGAUUGAGACAACUACAACUACUACUGUAACCAGUGAAUAUCACGAUCAACCAGAAGAAGUUGAAGAGUCGGAUGUCAAAGAAACGACCACAACGACAACAGUGACUCGGGAGUACUACGAAGUGGAACCAGAAUCCCCAACUGACAAGAAUUCAGAAGACAAUGAUCGUGAUAGCCCAGUUGAAAGUGAAAAGUCUGUUCCGCAUGUGAUGGAGACCACAACAACGACUACUAUGUCCCGAGAGUUCAUUCGUGAGGAAGAUCCAAGACUCGAACAAAUCGAGCAUCACAGAGAAUCUCCACUUGGACAAGACCAUGAUGAUCUUCAACGUUCUGAAUCUCCAGCAAGAUCAGUUGAAGGAUCUGAGAAACACUCCCCAUAUGUCACUGAAACUACCACGACUACAACUGUGACACGAGAAUAUGACGAGCCAGAGGAAGGAUUCGAUUCCGAAAGACUCUCGGAGCCAGCUCAUUCACCAGAACCAAUCGGAACUCCAGCUGAAAGUGAGAAAUCAACUCAUCAUGUUGUUGAGAAAACUACCACGACUACAGUAACCCGCGAGUUCUACGAUAAUCAAGAAGAGCCAGAACACCGAGAUGCUUCUCCAGUUCACGCUGAACAACCGUUUGAGCAAGAUGAAGCCGCAGUUUCAGGAUCACCAAUUCCAUCCGAGAGAUUUGUUCAACAAUCAGAGUCUCCUGUUGCUGAGAGGCAUUCACCGGUACCAUCGGAGCCGAUCUCUGAGAAGGAUGCUCAUCACGUUUCUGAAACCACCACAACAACUACAGUAACCCGUGAAUAUUAUGAGGAUGAACCAGAAAAUCACUCCCCUGCUCCAUCUUCUCAUGUUGAAUCUGAACAUCAAAUCGCCGAGUUUCCAGCUGUUUCGGAGAAAGAACUUCCUCAUGUAGUCGAGACUACCACAACGACUACAGUGACUCGUGAAUAUGAAGAAGAAGAACCAGAACAUCCUCAAGAACAUCCAGUGGAGUCUUACUCUCCAGUUCUACCAUCUCAUGAGUUGGAGCAUCGUCCAGUACCAGAAUCUCCUGUUGCUUCUGAGAAGGAAUUCACUUCGGAGACCAAGUUGACUCGAGAUUCUCCAGCUGCCCAAUACUUCCACGAGGAACCAGAACAUCAAACCGAAUCUCCAAUUCCAACUGAACAAGCCCCACUUCUCUCCGAACAACAACAACAACCAGAAUCUGGAGAUGAAAGUGAUGGAGAAGGAUUCGGAAGCAAGGUUCUUGGAUUCGCAAAGAAAGCUGGAAUGGUUGCCGGUGGAGUUGUUGCUGCUCCAGUUGCUCUUGCUGCUGUUGGAGCCAAGGCUGCCUAUGAUGCACUCAAAAAGGAGAGUGAUGAGGAGGACCAAGAAGAGCAUGAAGCUCUGCUUGGAGAUGUUCGUGAGCAAAGAUCGGCUGGAUCACCAUUGAGAUCGGAGGUCCAAUACGAGCAGUUCCAUGAACAAAAGUUCGGAAAAUCUCCAGAAACAUCUGAGAAACCAAUUGCUCAGGAGUUCCCCGAAUCGCCUGUGAAAUCUCAACCUGUCCAUGAGGAAGAUAGAGAAUCGCUCAAAUCACCAACUGAAAGCGAAAAGUCCUUCAGACAAACAGUUGAAGCCACCGCCACUACCAUUCAUCAAAAGUUCGAGGAUGAUUCAACUCCUGCAUCUCCAUCUCAUUCACACAAGGAAGAUAUCCGUCAGUUCCAAGAUGAGAAAUCACCAGAAUUAUCUGGAAGAGAAAGUGAGAAGGAACACGAACAUGAGCCAGAGACGGAAGCACAGUUGGAGCGAGAGGGAUCUUAUUCACCAAGAUACUCUCCAAAAUCUCCACGAGGAUCUUUGGCAGAAUCAGAUUAUGAAAGCCGUCCGGUUAAAGAAGAAGUGGUUGCAGAAGAACAACUCAAGCCAGAAGAGGAGUCAGAAAAACAAGCUGCGUCUCCUGUGCCAUCAGAAGAAGGUUCCACGAAGUUCAUUGAGACCACAACAACCACUACUGUAACUGAGGAACGAUAUGAACCAGAAGAGUCGCAUUCUCCAACUCAUGACCAGGAAGGACCACAAUCACCAGUUCCAUCUGAAGAAGAUGUUCAUGGUUACGUGAAGACUGCGACCACCACAACGACAGUAACCCGUGAGCACUUCGAGCCAGAAGACGAACCAACUGAAGAGCAUAUCGUUGGACCCGAGGAAUACCAAACUGGAUCUCCUGUUCCAUCUGAGAAUGAUUCUCAAAGAAUAGUCGAGACCACUACGACUACAACUGUGACUCGCGAACACUUAGAACCAGAAGAUGAGCCAUCCCAUAUUGUUGAAUCUCAGCAAUACUCUCCAUCUAGAUCUCCAGUUCCAUCAGAGAAGUCUGAAGGUCACGUCAUCGAAACCACCACCACGACCACUGUCACUCGUGAACAUGUUGAGCCAGAGGAACAUGACUAUUCUGGAGAGCAAUCGCCAGUUGGAGCUGCUCAGCGAUUUGAAACACACUCACCAGUUCCAUCCGAGGAAGACAUCCAUGGAUACGUGAAGACUACCACUACAACAACUACAGUAACUCGUGAGCACGUUGAACGAGAAGACGACCAAGAGCGUGUCAUCCAAUCCGAGGAGUAUGCAGCUGAAUCUCCAGUACCAUCCGACGCCGAUUCUCAAAGAAAUAUCGAGACUACUACCACAACAACUGUGACUCGUGAACAAUUUGAUCGAGAGUCUCCAAUCCAAUCAGAGCAACAAUUCGAAGAUUACCAGCAUCAAUAUUCGGAAGAACCAGCGAUCCCACCAUACCAGCAACCAGCAGAGUAUGGACGAGUCGACUCUCACGACGCUCCAGCGUCUCCAUCUCCAUCAGUUGAGUCUACAGUUCGAACAUCUGGAUUUGAUCAUCCAGAAGAUUCCGAGAGACUCUCGGAACCAGCUCAGUCUCCAGAAGUCCAUGACACCGAACAAGGGUACCACCAUGAUGAACCACGAUUCACCGAAACCUCACUAACUCAAGAUUCGCCAGCUGUCCAAUACUUCCAUGAACAACCAGAGCAUCAAACCGAAUCUCCAAUUCAAACUGACAGAGCUCCACUUCUCUCCGAACAACAACAACCAGAAUCUGGAGAUGAAAGUGAUGGAGAAGGAUUCGGAAGCAAGGUUCUUGGAUUCGCAAAGAAAGCUGGAAUGGUUGCCGGAGGAGUUGUUGCUGCUCCAGUUGCUCUUGCUGCUGUUGGAGCCAAGGCUGCUUAUGAUGCCCUCAAGAAGGAUAGUGAUGAGGAAGACCAAGAAGAGCAAGAAGCUCUGCUUGGAGAUGUUCGUGAGCAAAGAUCGGCUGGAUCCCCAUUGAGAUCGGAAGUCCAAUACGAGCAGUUCCAUGAACAAAGAUUAGGAGAAUCUCCAGAACCAUCUGAGAAGCUAGCAGAAGAACCAACUACCGAGGAAGCUCAACCUGUACAUCCUGUAUCCGAUGAAGAGUCAGCAUCUGACAUUGAACCAUCCCAUCCAGAAGCAGACUCGGAACAAAGUCAUCAUUACACGGAAACCAUCAGAAAGACUACAGUAACCCGUGAAUAUCUUGAUGACAAUGAAACUCGAGCAUUGGAAUCUCACGCCGAGUCGGAACAACCAGUUCUCAAAUCACCAACUGAACAAGUUGUGGAGACGACGACCACAGUUAUCCGUCAUUAUCACGAUGAGCCAAAGCCAGAAGAGGAGAGUGAAGAAAAGACCACUCCAGAAGAAGUCACUGUUCUUCGUGAAGUGUAUGAAGCACCAGACGGAGACGAGCCAGAGCAUCAUUACAUUGAGACAAAGACCACGACAACCAUCACAAAGGAGGUCUACGAACCAGAAUCUUCUGAAGUUCCAGAAUCACCAAACGAUUCUGAACAACAAUUUUCAGUUGGUGAGACUCGAUUCGAAGAACCACAUUCUGGAGAUACGACAAUCACAACAGUGACUCGCGAACUCUACGAAGAACCAGAAGGAGUUCGACCACCAUCUGGAUCAGAAGCUGAUGAUGAAUCUUAUGCACCAAGAUACUUGGAGACUACAACAACAACUACUGUCACUCGGGAGUAUGAAGUUUCGGAAGAUGAGGAAGAAGGAGGCCAAUCGGCUGCUGAGCAAAAGAGAGAGGGAUCACCAACACCUUCCGAAGAGUCUGUUACUCGAGUUGUUGAGAAGACAACCACUACUGUGACUGAGGAACGAUAUGAACCAGAAGAGUCGCAUUCUCCAGCUCACUCCCAUGACCAGGAAGGACCACAAUCCCCAGUACCAUCAGAAGAAGAUGUUCAUGGUUAUUUGAAGACCACGACCACCACAACUACAGUAACUCGUGAGCACUUUGAACCGGAAGACGAGCCAACUGAAGAGCAAUUCGUUGAAUCCGAGAAGUACCCAGCUGAAUAUCCUGCCCCAUCUGAGUCUGAUUCUCAUAAAAUCAUCGAGACCACCACGACUACAACUGUCACUCGCGAACAAUUCGAGCCAGAAGAUGAGCCAUCCCAUGUUGUUGAAUCUCAGCAAUACUCUCCAUGUAGAUCUCCAGUCCCAUCCGAGAAGUCUGAAGGUCACGUCAUCGAAACCACCACCACGACCACUGUCACUCGUGAACAUGUUGAGCCAGAGGAACAUGACUAUUCUGGAGAGCAAUCGCCAGUUGGAGCUGCUCAGCAAUUUGAAACACACUCACCAGUUCCAUCCGAGGAAGACAUCCAUGGGUACGUGAAGACUACUACCACUACGACUACAGUAACUCGUGAGCACGUCGAAUCAAAAGACGACCAAGAGCAUGUCAUACGAUCCGAGGAGUAUGCGGCAGAAUCCCCAGUACCAUCCGAAUCUGAUUCUCAGAGAAUCAUCGAGACCACCACGACUACAACUGUGACUCGCGAACACUUUGAACCAGAAGAUGAGCCAUCCCAUGUUGUUGAAUCUCAGCAAUACUCUCCAUCUCGAUCUCCAGUUCCAUCAGAGAAAUCAACUGGAUAUGUUACUGAAGCUGCAACCACCACUAAUGUAGCACACCAGCCGGAAGAGCCAGAGUACCAUCACGAUGAACCACGAUUCACCGAAACCUCAAUGACUCAAGAUUCGCCAGCUGUCCAAUACUUCCAUGAACAACCAGAGCAUCAAACCGAGGCUCCAAUUCAAACUGACAGAGCUCCACUUCUCUCCGAACAACAACAACCAGAAUCUGGAGAUGAAAGUGAUGGAGAAGGAUUCGGAAGCAAGGUUCUUGGAUUCGCAAAGAAAGCUGGAAUGGUUGCCGGAGGAGUUGUUGCUGCUCCAGUUGCUCUUGCUGCUGUUGGAGCCAAGGCUGCUUAUGAUGCCCUCAAAAAAGAUAGUGAUGAAGAAGAUCAGGAAGAACAAGAAGCUCUUCUUGGAGAUGUUCGUGAACGUCGUGCCGUUGACUCCGAGACCCAAGAACCAGCAGCUACCUUCUACGAGCCAGAAGAGGAGGACAAAGUUCCCACUUCUUCACCAAAGGAACAAGAACCCAAGAUUGUGUUCCCAGCGGAUUCUCCAGCUGACCAAUAUGUGCAAGAAAAACAGGCAUUUGAAUCGGAAGUUCAAGCUGAAGGACCAUUCAUCAUUGAAUCAGAAGAUUAUGAACAAUCAGUUCAACAAGAGCAACGUAUCAGUUCUCCAGCUCACUCGGAUUCUGGCGAUGUGCAAACAACACCACAACAAGAUCCAGAAACUGAAGAAGAGGAGACUCCAAGACUUGCGGAGAAUCCAGAAUCAGAUGCUCCAUAUGUCAUUGACUCCGAGGAAUACGAAUUUAACAGUCGCGAAGAGCAAAGAAUUCAAUCUCCUGCUCAUUCGGAUGAUGAAGAGCCAGAAGCUUACGGAGCUGAAGAUCAAAACAACGAGCAAGAAGAUCCAAGUAUCGUUGAGUCCGAAGAGUACACUGGAUCUGGACAAGCGUCUCCAAGGCCAUUCGAAGAAUCUACAACGACUACCGUCAUCAGUGUUCAUCAUGAACCAGCUGCGAUUCCAGAGCUGGAAGUUGAUGAGAAAGAACUGGAACAAGAUCGAUCGAUCAUUGAAUCUGGAGAAUACUCUUCUGAAGAUCCACUUCCACCAACAUCAAUCUCAAAUGUCGAGCACGUGAAAACAUCUCAAGAGGAAGAAUACACACCAGAGUAUCCAACUACAGUAGAAUCAGUGAUCAGUGACAGCUUCGAAUAUAGACAGGAUCCUUCUGAUCCUUUUGUCGUCGAAUCCGAGGAAUACACCAGAUCGUCUCCAAUCGGCUAUGAGCGUCCGGAAUCUCCAUCCGGAACCCCAGUUCAACCCCAGGAAGAUGAGGAUUCCCAUGUCAUUGAAUCACAACUAUACACUGGAUCUCCAGUUCCAUCAGAAGAGUCCGUUCAACAUGUUGUUGAGAAGAUCACAACGACUACAACAACCGAAGAACAUUUCGAACCAGAAGAAUCAAAUGUUGACGUUCAAGAGUAUGUCAAGACCACCACAACGACGACUACUGUCACUCAAGAGCACUUCGAGCCAGAAGAGGAGAAACAUGUUGUAGAAUCGGAAGAUUACGGCAAAGAAUCUCCAGUUCCAUCUGAUGAAGGAUCUGGCCGUGUCAUUGAAACGACUACAACCACCACCGUAACUCGGGAACACAUCGAGCCAGAAGAUGAGAUAUCUCACGUUGUUGAAUCACAGCAAUAUUCUCCAUCUGGAUCUCCAGUCCCAUCCGAGAAGUCUGAAGGUCACGUCAUCGAGACCACCACCACCACUACUGUCACCAGAGAACAUGUCGAGCCAGAAGAUCAACCAACCGAAGAGCAUCUUGUUGAAUCUCAAGAAUAUUCUGGUCCAGGAUCUCCAAUUCCAUCGGAGAAAUCAGUUGAACACGUCAUUGAGACAACAACUACCACAACAGUCACUCGUGAACAUGUUGAGCAUGAAGAUGACUUUGGACCAGUUCACACAGAAUUGGAGCAAGAAGAGAGAACUCAUUCCCCAAUUCAACCAGAAGAAGGUGUUCAUGGAUUCAUCAAGACAACGACUACAACAACUACAGUAACCCGAGAGCACUUUGAGCCAGAAGAUGAGCCAUCUCACGUUGUUGAAUCACAACAACACUCUCCAUCUGGAUCUCCAGUUCCAUCUGAGAAAUCAACUGGACAUGUCAUCGAAACUACCACCACGACUACUGAGCCAGAAGAAGAAGAGCGCCGAUUCUCAGCUGCACCAUCUGAAGGAGAGGUCUAUGAAUCCAUCAAGACCACAUCUGCGAUAACAUCUGAAAGCCACGCUGAUCGAGAACACUAUCACAAGGAAGAUUCUGGAGAGGAAAGUGACGGAGAAGGAUUCGGAAGCAAGGUUCUUGGAUUCGCAAAGAAGGCUGGAAUGGUUGCCGGAGGAGUUGUUGCUGCUCCAGUUGCUCUUGCUGCUGUCGGAGCCAAGGCUGCUUAUGAUGCACUCAAGAAAGAUAGUGAUGAUGAGGGAGAGCAUGAACAAGUUCACUACGAAUCUGCUGAACUCAAAAAGGAAGUUCCAUCAAUCCAAACCCAUCAAGACGAGUCUGAAGGUGAUUCUGAAGGAUCCUUCGUUGAUCAUGGAGAGGAUAGCCAGCGUCUUCCAUCUCAAUCUACCGAGGCUGCUUUCAAUCUGUCCACAGAAGACGUUGCGGAACAAACUGCCGAGAAACUCGUCUCUGAAGUUUUCAGUCCACUUGACAGAACCUUGAUUGAAUCUGAACAAUACCGUGCUUCAAUUGAGUCUCUCAACCGUCGUUCCCCAGUUCAAAAGAAAAAGAGCGUUGAAGAUUUGGCAUCAGAGGCACUUCAAAAUGUCACCAAGAUCAGUUUCGGACAUGCCGAUGAAUCAGAUGACAAGCACGACGAUGAUCAAGACGAAGAGUGGAAGGUCUACGAUCGUCAUGGAGAAAUUCUGGAAGAGUUCUCGACUCAACUAACAGAUGACGUCAUUCAAGAAGCUGAAGGAGAUGCUACCACUCAGAUUAUGAUGACUCAGGCUGAGUAUUCUCCAAGAAGAUCCAAAUUCUUGAAGCAAGAAAGUUGCCAAGAGAUUUCGAAUGAACCAGAAGUUGAUUAUUAUUCCGACCUCCAGGAGAAACUCAAUAUCUUGGCAGGAGAGAAAAACAAUCUUCAUGCUCUCGUUGAAGAAGAACCAUCAUCCAGUGCUUCGGAUCAACUCGAUGUGAUCCAUGAGUCUGAUCAAGAAGCUCAUUUGGAAAAAGAGGAACAACUGGAAGCAGCUGCGCAGAAAGCACAGGAAGAGAAGGAAGAAGCUGCUGAGAUCACUGCUACCAAUUUAGUAGAGGAAGUACUCCAACAAGUUGUUCAUGAAAUCAAAGAAGAUGAUGACGAUCAGAGAACCAUGACUUCCGAUGCUUACUUGACGGCUACAGAGAAAGACGAUCAAGAGUAUGACACUUGUGUAACAUCUCAGGACGACACGUAUGAAUCCGCCCAAGGCUGGACUUCUCAAGAUUCAGAAUACACAACUGCGACCAGCCAAGCGCCAAGUCGUCUUAGCGAUUCCGAAGGAGAGCACACCGCCCGUGAUCUAGAACGCCAAGAGACGUCGACUCCACAAGCGAUGAUUUCGCCUGUGGAUUCUGACCGUCAAUUUACAGCUCAACAAGAUUUCGAAAUGCCUGUUAUCAAGGCUUUCGAUGCAGACGAUUUCUUGCAAACCACAGCUAGAUCCACACCAGAUGUUGCUCUUCAGGUAACCAUCGAGGAAGAGGACGAGAGUGAUGAUAAGCUGCCAAUCAGUCCAAGUGGUAUUCUGUUGCCACCGAAACAUGACCCAGGACGUCCAAUCUCACCAGUGCCACCAAGAAAAUCCGACGCAACAAUGCAGAAGGAAGGAGAUCAUUUCGUUUUUGUCCGAGAAGAGGAUACCAUAGCUGAACCAACACCACCACCACAACAAUAUCACGAUGAUGAGCUAGUCAGAAAAACACCAGAUGAAACUUUAACCCAAAUCACCACUGAAGCCGUGCCGCAGUUAGAAGAAGAAACGGAGAUGAGGCGACAGGAGACCGAACGCAUCCAUAGUUUAGCCAUGGAGGCGUCGUCCGAUCUCGGAAAUAGCGAGUCUUCACGUUACUCGCGACAGCUAUCGGACCUGUCGUCGUCGGCGGAAAGCCAUGCGGACACUGUGAUUCGGGUGGAGAGUGAGAGAAGCGGAUCGAGUGAUUCGUUGGAAGUUGUGAGUGUUAUCAGUGCUGGAAAGGAUGCACAAACGUCAGAGAAGUCGUUAACACCAGAAGAACCGGAGAAACCAGUCCAGGAGGAGCAGAAAGAACAUCACGAAGAUGAUCAUCCACACCAAGAAGCAGAAGACCUUGGAUUCGAAGUCUACGAUGCAGAUACUGAAGAGCAGGAACCACAGCAGUCGCUGGAAGAAUUGGAAACCGUUGAAGAAGAACCAGAAGAUUCUGAUUCCUUGAACGAAGGUGGAAACCAUUCAUCUGGACACUCAUCCGUAGGAGUGCCAGCUGACACUCUUGCUAUGAUUGGAAAAUAUCGUCAUCAAUCCAGCGAUAAUCUCUCUUUGACUUCUCUUCAAGAAUUCGAACGACUUGAGAGAGAAGUUGGAGCCCGGGGAGAUGGACCAUUGACAAGAUCCGAAAUUGAAUUGCUUGUUGCCGGAAGAUUGAACAAGUCUGGAGAAGGAUCAGUCAGCUCUCUUGCUGAAUUCGAACGACUCGAAAAGGAGAUGACCGAAAAUCAAUCACCACCAGAAGACGUCAUGAUGCUUUCGGAUAUCCGCGAGGAAUCAGAAGCCGAAGACAUGAGUACCAGAGGAGACGAUGAGGAAGACAUUGGAGGAAGUGACACCGAAUUGAAGAGUCGACCAGUUCAAGACGAGGAUCUUCGAGUCGUCACUCCAGUCGCUCCAUCACCAACCGACUCUCUCGAGCACGCAUUGGAUCCAGUCCAGAUGCAAUAUCUUGAGACAAGCACCGAUUCAUUGGAACCAACAUUCCAAGAAAUCGAAGUAGAACAACGACCAGAUAGUGUGGAAGAUACAUCACUCACUGAGUAUGAGAUGGUUCCACGUGUCAUGGAGGCCAGUACAACAGACUCGUUAGACGGAACCGCAACUAUCGAGAAGGUAUGGAUGGAAUGUGUUAUAAAAUCUAACUUGUUUUAUUUCCAGGACUCUGUACUCGAGGGCGCCAGUCAAGGAAUCGAAUCUACUCAAUCCACACACGGUCUUCUCUCCGGAGACACUAUGGGAACAGUGGUCACCGACGAUGACAGAGAUUCAUUGGAUGGAGAAGUAUCCAGUAUGCUCCAAUCCUAUCCAACAACUCUGACUACUUUCCAAACCACCGUGGUCGGACCGGACGGCUCACUUCAGACGAUUUCCCGGCGUGUUGAGACUAGGGUAAAUAAUAGAGGAGAAGCUCAAAAAUUAAAGGAAAUAUUAUUUCAGGUCACUGAUCCAUUGGUCUCUCAUGUCACCUUCACUGGAACGGAAAGCCAAGAACGUCUUGAUCAACUGCCGGAUGAUGAACAAUUCGAGACAGUGGACACCGAGGGAAAUGUGACAAGAACCACAUUCCAUCGGGAGCACGACCAGCAACAUCCACAAUUUUAA